UUAUGAAACUGAAUUAUGGGGAUUGCAUAUGUAUAGUUUUUUUGGAAGAACUCUAUGUUACUUUUCCGAGUUUUCUCUCUCGAUGGAAAUUUUCCAGCAAGAACUAAAAAUUGUGUUUCAGAAAUUUGGACCAAACCAUAUUGCCCUUGCUAGUUGCUACACUGACCUAGGUACUUUGUGCCAUGCGAAAGGUGAAUUGGAGGAAGCUAGUGAUUAUUUUCAACAAGCACUGAAAAUUGAAUUAGCACAAAUGGAGCCAAAUCAUGGUGGCAUUGCUGGCUCAUACAACAAUCUGGGUGUUCUUUGUAAGGAUAAAGGUGAUUUGGAGCAAGCUUGUGAUUAUCAUGAAAGAGCGCUGAAAAUUCAAUUAGAACAAUUAGGACCAAAUCAUAGUGAUGUUGCUACAUCAUACAACAACCUGGGUGGUUUAUGUCAUAUGAAGGGUGAUUUGAAGCAAGCUAGUGAUUAUUAUCAACGAGCGCUCAAAAUUAAAUUGGAACUAUUCGGGUCAAAUCAUACUGUUGUUGCUGGUUUAUACAACAACAUGGGUAAUGUUUGUAGAGAUAAAGGUGAUUUGGAGCAAGCUAAUGAUUAUCAUAAAAAAGCACUGGAAAUUCAGUUAGAACAAUUGGGGCCAAAGCAUGUUGACGUUGCUACGUCAUACAGCAACCUGGGUCAUGUGUGUCAUAAUAAGGGUGAUUUGGAACAAGCUAAUGGUUAUUAUCAACAAGCACUGAAAAUUCAGUUAGAACAAUUGGGGUCGAACCAUGUUGACGUUGCUAAGUCAUACAACAACCUCGGUAUUGUAUGUAAUGAUAAAGGUGAUUUGGAACAAGCUAAUGGUUAUUAUCAACAAGCACUGAAAAUUCAGUUAGAACAAUUGGGGUCGAACCAUGUUGACGUUGCUACUACAUACAACAACCUAAGUAUUGUGUGUAAGGAUAAAGGUGAUUUGGAACAAGCUAGUGAUUAUCAUAAACAAGCACUGAAAAUUCAGUUGGAACAAUUGGGGUCGAACCAUGUUGACGUUGCUAGAUCAUACAACAAUAUGGGUAUUUUGCGUCAUAAAAAGGGUGAUUUUGAGGAAGCUAGUGAUUAUCAUCAACGAGCACUGAAAAUUCAGUUGGAACAUUUGGGGCCGAAACAUGUUCACCUUGCUGCCUCAUACAACAACCUGGGUAUUGCGUAUAAGGAUAAAGGUGAUUUGGAGCAAGCAAGUGAUUAUUAUCAACGAGCCCUGAAAAUUCAGUUAGAACAAUUGGGGCCAAACCAUGUUGACCUUGCUAAGACAUACAACAACCUGGGUUCUUUGUGUAAAGAUAAACGUGAUUUGGAGCAAGCAAGUGAUUAUCAUCAACGAGCUCUGGAAAUUCUAUUAGAACAAUUAGGGCCAAACCAUGUUGACGUUGCUAGUUCAUACAACAACCUGGGUAAUCUGUGUGAUGAUAAAGGUGAUUUGAAGCAAGCUAGUGAUUAUCAUCAACACGCGCUGAAAAUUCGGUUAGAACAAUUGGGGCCAAACCAUGUUGACGUUGCUACUUCAUACUACAACCUGGGUAAUCUGUGUGAUGAUAAGGGUGAUUUGAAGGAAGCUCGUGAUUAUUAUCAACAAGCGCUGAAAAUUCGUUUAGAACAAUUGGGGCCAAACCAUGUUGACGUUGCUAAGUCAUACAACAACCUGGGUGUUUUGUGUGAAGAUAAAGGUGACUUCGAGCAAGCUAAUGAUUAUCAUCAACGAGCGCUGAAAAUUCGUUUAGAACAAUUGGGGCCAAACCAUGAUGAAGUUGCUAAGUCAUACAACAACCUGGGUAAUGUGUGUAGAGAUAAAGGUGAUUUGAAGCAAGCUAGUGAUUAUUAUCAACGAGCUCUGAAAAUUCGAUUAGAACAAUUGGGGCCAAACCAUGUUGACCUUGUUAGUUUAUACUACAACCUGGGUCUUUUGUGUAAGGAUAAAGGUGAUUUAGAGCAAGCUAGUGAUUAUCAUCAACGUGCGCUGAAAAUUCGAUUGAAACAAUUCGGGGAAAACCAUAUUGAUGUUGCUGCUUCAUUCUUCCAACUGGGUGUCGUGUGUCUCUCAAAACGGGAUUUAGAUAGCGCCAGAGAUUGUCUUCAACGGGCACUAAAUAUUCGAUUACAGAAAUUAGGAAGAAUUCAUAAGGAUGUUCUUUGUUCCUAUCUCUAUCUUGGCACAGUUUGCUUUGAGAAAGAAGAUCUGGAAGAUGCUAGCCAUUAUUUUAAACAGUUUUAUGAAAUCCUGUUGGAACUGUUAGAAUCCUACCAUAAUGGUUAAACUUCUUCUCGUUGCGACCAGAGAGUAUUGUGUGCAGCCAUGAAUUUCGCUUCCAAGAAUCAUUGCUAUUCCCUGCAGGAAAUAAUACAUACCAGAUUCCGCUUAAAAAUCAUCGUUUGGAUGCCUCAUAAAUUUAUUAACAAGCGAGGGCCAUAAAAUUAUUUCAAAACACACAACAUCAUCUUAGCUGUUUUUGCUCAGGAUAGCAACAGUUCAUUCAUUAAACAAUAUCCUCAAGCAAAAUAAAGAGAAAUAUUGCAAUUGCACGGAGUAAAGCCAGGGGCACACGACGCAAUUUUUGUCGUACGAUUUAAGACGGCUGACUAAAUCUUUGCAUGUGCAUGUGAUGUAAUUUUAGGUGACUUUUUUCGGCUGACAGCAAUCUGAAUGUAUCAAAACAGUUUGAUGUUUGCCGACUAAAAUCGUAGUCGUGUGCGUGUGGUUUCAUCAUAACAUAUAAUAUGCUAUAAACAGACACGAAUAUUAUAACAUGCAUCGCAAACUUGAAUAUAAUGCAAAUUAUCAAACUCUCCAACGAGUGCUGAAUAAGAAGGCUUAACCAUUCUCGUGCAUUUUACGACGGGACGGUGAGAGUACAAGUUGAUAACCAUAAUAAUUUUAUACUAAGCACAGAUAGAUUAGAAAUAAAUAUUAUAAAGUAUGGAUGAUUUUCAGACGACACGGCAAAGCUGCUUGAAAUCGCACGAAGUUGAAGUUGUCACAUGGAAGUCAUUAAACAUUUUCAGUAUAUUGUUGUAUUAAACCUUUCUCUUACCAACACGAUCAACGAAUGAGCGUAUCAGAAU